AUUGAAACGAUUAGUUAACUUCGUGUCACAUGAUCAAUGUUACUAUUUGUAGCAUUUUAUUUGGGAACCGCCCCCUUUUGCUGUUUGUGCAGGACUAGACUACUAGCAGUAUUUCAUCAAAAUGUCACAAGAAUCAUUCCUAUACUAUGGUGGUGUUGAAGGUGGGGCCUCAAACACAAAGUUUGUUUUGGUCAGAUCUGAUGGAAAGCUAAUGGCCACUAGUCAAGGAGAGGGAACAAAUCAAUAUUUAAUUGGUGUUGAUAAUUGCCUAAAGAUAAUUAGUUCCCUUGUGUAUGAAGGCUUGAAGAAGGCAAACUUAGCUGACACAACUACCUUAGAAGGUUUAGGCAUGAGUUUGAGUGGAGGUGAUGAGAAAGGAGUUCAAGUUAUAAUAAAAGAAACACUAAAGAAAGACUACCCAAAUCUUUCUAAACAUUAUUUUGUUGGCAGUGAUACACAAUCUGCCCUUGCUUCGGCCUUACCCAAUGGUGGUGUUGUGUUGAUAGCAGGAACGGGCUCAAAUUGUCAGCUGAUUAAUCCUGAUGGCUCAAUGGCCCGUUGUGGUGGAUGGGGCCAUCUGAUAGGAGAUGAGGCCUCAGCUUGCUGGAUUUCUCUGAAAGCUGUCAAGGUCUUUUUUGAUCAUGAAGAUGGAUUUGUUAUCUCCCCUCAUAGCACCUCAUUAGUGAAAGAAACUAUUUAUAAGUAUUACAAUGUUAAGGAUCGCAGUGGAAUGCUUGAUCACUUAUACACCAACUUUAAUAAAGCUAAGUUUGCUGGUCUAUGCAAAGAUCUAGCCCAAGUUGGUUUAGAAAAAAAUGAUCCAUUAUGUUGUGAAAUUUUUAAAGAGGCUGGAAAGCUGCUAGCUCGACAUUUGUAUGGAAUAUCAAAUAAAAUACAUAAGGAUUUAAAAGCAAGGGCAGGUGGUUUACCUGUGGUGUGUGUUGGUUCUGUCUUUAAAAGCUGGAAACUUCUGGAACCAGGUUUUAUGGAAGAGAUGACUUCUAAUUUAACCAAGACUGACAUUAAGGAAGUCGUCUUGCUCCACUUAAACUCCGAGGCCAGCAUCGGAGCAGCAGCUUUGGGGGCCAAGGCCGCUGGCCAGGAACUCCCAUUAGACUAUGCUAACAAUGCCACAGCCUUCUUCCACACUGUUUUUUCUCUGUAGGCUUGGCCUUGUUGUGGACAUUUCAUUUGUUAUCUUGUUGAUAGAGAUGUCAGGCUUUUUAAGCUGAUCUAUUUUUUAAAAUUUAUUUAUUUGCAGUCACUAUAUGGCUGUCUACAGAUUCUUUUUACAAACAUGACAUAUGUUAAAUGACAUUAAUCUGUUAUUCUUACUAUAAUUACUUAUACGUUCCACCCCAAUUUUUGUUAAAAUACAGACAUAUCUUCCAGUUCGAGACUUAAGAGAUUAAAGUUUGUAUUCAUU